GCCGUCGGCUGUGAAGAACGGCCGCGCCGCCGGGGGCUGGCUGCAGGCGACGCGGCCUCCCGGGAGGCGCUCGCCCCGCCAAGAUGUACGGUGUGUGUGGCUGCUGUGGAGCCCUGCGCCCCAGGUACAAAAGGCUGGUUGACAACAUCUUCCCAGAGGAUCCUGAGGAUGGCCUGGUGAAGACUAACAUGGAGAAGCUGACCUUCUACGCCCUCUCCGCCCCAGAAAAGCUCGAUCGCAUUGGCGCCUACCUCUCCGAGAGGCUCAUCCGCGACGUGGGUCGUCAUCGAUAUGGGUACGUGUGCAUCGCCAUGGAGGCCCUGGACCAGCUGCUCAUGGCCUGCCACUGCCAGAGCAUCAACCUCUUCGUGGAGAGUUUCCUCAAGAUGGUGGCCAAGCUGCUUGAGUCGGAGAAACCCAACCUGCAGAUCCUGGGCACCAACUCGUUUGUCAAGUUCGCCAACAUCGAGGAGGACACCCCAUCCUACCAUCGGAGCUACGAUUUCUUCGUGUCUCGCUUCAGUGAAAUGUGCCACUCCAGCCAUGAGGACUUGGAGAUCAAGACUAAAAUCCGAAUGUCGGGCAUCAAAGGUCUACAAGGGGUGGUAAGAAAGACAGUGAAUGACGAAUUGCAGGCCAAUAUCUGGGACCCACAGCACAUGGACAAGAUCGUCCCAUCACUGCUUUUCAAUCUGCAACACGUGGAGGAGGCUGAGAGCCGGUCCCCUUCACCCCUCCAAGCACCAGAGAAGGAAAAGGAGAACCCGGCAGAACUGGCUGAGAGGUGCCUGCGGGAACUGCUGGGCCGGGCUGCCUUUGGCAACAUCAAAAAUGCCAUCAAGCCUGUUCUCAUCCAUCUGGAUAACCAUUCUCUUUGGGAACCCAAGGUGUUUGCCAUCCGCUGCUUUAAAAUCAUCAUGUACUCAAUUCAGCCGCAGCACUCCCACCUGGUUAUCCAGCAGCUCCUGAGCCACCUGGAUGCCAACAGCCGCAGCGCGGCCACGGUGCGGGCGGGCAUCGUGGAGGUCCUGUCGGAAGCCGCCGUCAUCGCCGCUACCGGCUCUGUGGGACCCACAGUGCUGGAGAUGUUCAACACUCUGCUGAGGCAGCUGCGGCUCAGCAUCGACUACGCCCUGACCGGGAGCUACGAUGGGGCGAUCAGCCUAGGCACCAAGAUCAUCAAGGAGCACGAAGAGCGCAUGUUCCAGGAGGCAGUCAUCAAGACCAUAGGCUCCUUUGCCAGCACGUUGCCCACGUACCAGCGCUCCGAGGUGAUCCUCUUCAUCAUGAGCAAGGUCCCGCUGCCUUCCCUGCAUCACCCCGUGGAGACGGGGAGGACGGGGGAGAACAGGAACCGGCUGACCCAGAUUAUGCUGCUGAAAUCCCUCCUUCAGGUAUCCACUGGUUUCCAGUGCAACAACAUGAUGUCAGCUCUGCCCAGCAACUUCCUUGACCGCCUUCUCUCCACUGCCCUCAUGGAGGAUGCAGAGAUCCGUCUCUUCGUUCUAGAGAUUCUCAUCAGUUUCAUUGAUCGUCAUGGCAACCGCCACAAGUUCUCUACCAUCAGUACCCUCAGUGACAUCUCUAUCCUGAAGCUGAAAGUGGACAAGUGCUCCCGACAGGACACCAUUUUCAUGAAGAAGCACUCCCAGCAGCUCUACAGACACAUCUACCUGAGCUGUAAGGAGGAAACGAACAUACAGAAGCACUACGAGGCGCUCUACGGCUUGCUGGCGCUCAUCAGCAUCGAGCUGGCCAACGAGGAGGUGGUGGUAGACCUCAUCCGCCUGGUGCUGGCCGUUCAGGACGUGGCCCAGGUCAACGAAGAGAAUUUGCCUGUUUACAACCGCUGUGCCCUCUACGCGCUGGGCGCCGCCUACCUGAACCUCAUCAGCCAGCUCACAACCGUGCCUGCCUUCUGCCAGCACAUCCAUGAGGUGAUAGAGACCAGGAAGAAAGAGGCUCCGUACAUGCUCCCUGAGGAUGUGUUUGUGGAGAGGCCCAGGCUGUCUCAAAACCUCGAUGGAGUGGUGAUUGAGUUUCUCUUCCGCCAGAGCAAGAUCAGUGAAGUCCUGGGGGGCAGUGGUUACAAUUCAGACAGGCUCUGCCUGCCCUACGUCCCUCAGCUGACAGAUGAGGAUCGCUUAUCCAAGAGGAAGAGCAUUGGAGAUACCAUUUCACUUCCUCUCUCCCUCCUCUCUGGUCGAGUGCCCGCCGAGGAGAUCACCUAUGAGACGCUAAAGAAAGCCAUUGGUAAUGUAGCGGUCGAGGAGCAGGAGCGUGAACGGCGGCGACAGGUGGUGGAGAAGUUUCAGAAGGCACCCUUUGAGGAGAUUGCAGCGCACUGCGGGGCCCGGGCAUCACUGCUGCAGAGCAAACUCAAUCAGAUCUUUGAAAUCACCAUCCGGCCCCCACCAAGCCCUUCAGGAACCAUCACUGCAGCCUACGGCCAGCCUCAGAACCACUCCAUCCCUGUCUAUGAGAUGAAGUUUCCUGAUCUGUGUGUAUACUGAAUUCCAAGACACAGGCUUCUCUGAGGGAUGGGGUUAGAGGGAGGGGCUUGCCUUCACACCUACCCCUACAACACGGAAAUCUAACUGGGCUCUCAGAGAAAAGGCACUUCCCCAGCUGAGCAAGGUGGAUCCCGUCUUGCCCCUUCUCAGCCUCCGUGCUUCCUCUUUGUCUUCCCCGAGGAAGCUCCGGCCACCUGCUCCUCUGGGGCCAAUAAGCUUCUCACCUGUGCCCUUUGUCUCCUCCUUUGUGUCCGCCCGGGACUGAGAGUUGUGGGGGUCUCCAGAGAGAGGCUGAGAUCCCAGGAAGCUCCUACUUGUGUAGUAAGUGAAGGGCUUUCAUGGGGGUGGGCCUGGGUGGGGCACAGCUGCCAGUUCCCCAGGAGGGAAGCAGAUGGAGACACCCUUGUUCAAAGGAAGCCUUAGACUACAAUAAAGAGGAAGCAAGGCCGGCUCCUCCUGUAAAGCGGCAGGGAGCCAGCCAGAAGAGGGGCCCUGAUCUCCUUCAGAGCAUCCCCUUCCUCCUUCCCCAUUUGAGGAUUCUAAGGCCCUUGACACUCUGGUGUCUCUUCCACUCUCCUGCUCACCCUAUCGGUUGCUUCUCCAUGAUUCUUUCUAUCAUUAAGUAAUAUUGAGUCCUUAUAGCAGGGGCUGGGGUAGAGACACCGUGGGGGGCAGCUAAGGGUAAAUGAAGGGCCAGCAGCCCACUGAUAGAGGGGGCUGCUCUCUGCAGGCUGGGCGGCGGGACCAGGGAGCAGGAGCAUGGUCCCCUCUCCUGUAGAGCAGUAGCAGGCAGAAGUGGGCACAUCCACAGCCAUCUGUAGCAUCUCCCCUCCUCUGUACGGAGGGAGCUUGCUUGGCCCUCCCGUGGUUCUCUCUCUUCUGGAUGUUCUUCUGAGUUGAGUUCUUUCUCUUUGAUGCCUUUCUUCCUGAGGAUCCCAAUGUGUUUCUACAGUCUCUGGGGCUAGGGGAGGGCAGAACAAUAUAAUCUGGUUCUAGACAACUCAAAAGGAGGAGGGACAGCAGGGGCUCUAGGCCUGCCUACAUCACCUCCUCUAGAGGAGGCUCCCAGCCUGGCUGGGAGGAUGGGAAGGGAGGUGAGUGGAGGGAGUAGCUCUUUGGGGCUCAAGGAUAUCAGAAGUCAACCUUUUAGAUGUUUCACUCGGGCAAAGAAGGAUCCAGCACCUAAUAUUGGCGUGAUUUCUUCACUCCAGUCACAGAGUCUGGACAUCAGCGCAGCUAGCAAAGCGGAGGCCCGGGGAGAGGCAGUGGAGACCCCUUUGGGUUCUGAGUUUCUGUUUUCCCUGAGUGCCACCUGCACAUCUGUGUGGGGCAGGAGCUAGUGCAGAGCUUGACGGCCAAAUUUGCUGUGUUCUCCGUCCCCCAUUCUACCCGCUCCCAGUCCUUUCCCUCCCUCCGGGGCCUUUGUGCCUCCAGAGCCACCUCUGGCCCAGCCUCAUCUGGGCCUCUGCCUGUGGCAGCACCUGUGACCCAAAAUAGCCCUUUUCUUCUUUUCCAGUCAAAACUUCCCUUGACUUUCCUGAGCCAGUAUGACUCACAGUGAAGUGAGAAUGGUCUCCUCCCUGGAGAAUUUGCUUUUGAAAAGAGGGAGGGUGAGUAGAUUUCUUGAUCCAAAGGAACCCCUUUGUAGGGCACAACUUUACGCAGCAUCGGGUAGGGUCGGAAGCAGGCGAUUUCCACUACAGGGAGGGCAGUCUUCUCGGGACACCCUCGGUUCACACCCGUGUACGUGGCCCUGCACAGAUGCACUGAGAGCCUGCUUAUCAGGACAGAGAGGUGUAUUUGCCCAAAGCAGGAGUAUCUCAACAUACGUACUUUCCCAUUACAUGUGCAAUACAUUUCUCGGGCAGGGGGGCUGUCUGACCCUCGUUCCUAUAGUUUCCCCCCUUGGUCACUGCUUCUGUGCUGUGAGCCUGUGGCUUCCAGAUGGGCUACACGAUUGCAGGGCUUCUGCUCCCCCCACGGCUUUGGCUCUGCUCUAUGGCUUUUGGCUAAUGCCAACUCAACUUUAUAAGCAUGAACUGAGAUUUCUCUUUACCUUAAUAUCUGUUUAUUAAGAAAGCAAAUUUAAAAUAACUAGAAACAAGCGUAAAGACAAAUAACCUUUGGAAGAAACUUUACAGAAAAUCUAAACCUUGAGCCACAAAUAUGUCUUUAUUCACUGGAUUGUCCCGUCUUUCUCCCCUACUCAGAUUGGGUGAGAAACCCUGUUUCUCCCUCGUGUCUGUCUGACUUUAGGGUCCACCCCAUGGCACCUGCAGCCUGAGCACUGCCCGAGGGCCCUGGUUCUGGGACUUGGGGGUCAUUCCUGAAGCCUCUUUUUAGAGCCCGCACUAGAACCAGAGACCUCCAGGGCCACUCAGCUGUCUCUCCCUCAUCCCCAUCCGGGGACUAGAGGGUAGAAAAAGGGGCAGGAUUCCCAUUCUUCAUGCACUCCAGUGCUGUCUCCUCUGUGUCUGUCCAAAGCAGCUUUUUCUUUAUAUCACCACUCCCUAGCAAACAUGUGCUUCUUUUGGAGACCUGGCCAAAUUUUCAGUGCCCCUCUUCACAGUUUCAGUUUAAACUUUAACUCAGUAGAAUAGGAGGUUGCCCAGUGACAUGGAGUAGAAUCUAGAUUCUGCCCAAAUAUGCUUCAGAAUCAGAAAGUUUAAGGUGAGCCUUAACUGGAACAAACAAUUAAAUGGUAAAUUAAGCUGAAAUCUAAUUUUGUGCUGAAACAAGGCAUCUUCCUUACAUCUGGGGAGAAGGCUUAAAGCAGUGUGAUACUUCUUCAUUUCAUGAGCCCUAGAAAUCUUCUAGUUAAAGUACCCCUUAUCCCAAAUCUGGCCUAUGUCUGAAGCUGGCAGAAGAAUGGUCAUGAUGGGGCCUGCCAGCUGGGGAAGUGGGGCGGGGACACACUUGUGGGAGGGGCUCUGUGGCCUGUUAGGGCCAGAAGGCAGUUUUCUGUGUUCUCCUUUAGCACCAGCCAGGUUGACCAGGUCUUUUCUCCUUCAGGGGACUUUGGGGUUUUAGCCCAUCACCUUCCCCUUUUGGGCUCUUCCUCCCAAAGGCUGUUGGUUCUGGCCUAUAGAGUGCAGAGUUGUAAAUCCAGAAAUGCUGCAGCAUUACACGGACAUUGUAACAUGUCCAUGUCCAUCCAGACCUUCACAACCUGGCUGAGGGUGUGUGUGCCCAUGUGUGUGCAUGUGUGUGUAAUGUAGUUCAUAGCUGACGAUGUGUGUAUAUAAUAGCUGAUGUAUUUAUAUGUGAGUGCAGAUUUAGUGUCUGUGGCAGUUUUCUGUAUUUUAAACUCACUGAAUCAAAUUAGUUUAAUUUUAAGGAAGGGGAAGGAAGAGCGGGGGGAGGGGGGAGGAAGAAGGACUCUCAGCAAGAUUAUUCUUUAGGACUGUUAGUCGUGGUUUCCCAAUGAGCCGUCACAAUGCCCUUUUCAAAUAAAUGUUAAUGUUGUCACUCCA